AUGAUUCUUUGGCUGUCUUCUUCUUCUUCUUCUUCUUCUUCUCUCUUCUUCUUCUUCUCUCUUCUUCUUCUCUCUCUUCUUCUUCUUCUUCUUCUUCUCUCUUCUUCUUCUCAAAAGUGCCUCUCUACUUCUCUUUCUUCUUCUUCUCUUUUUAUUUUCAUUCUUCUUCUUCUUUCUUCUUCUUUCUUCUUCUUAAAUUAUUCUUUCUUUUUCUUCUUUUCUUUUUUUUCUCUUCCUCUCUUAAAAAUCUCCUCUCUUCUUGUUUUUCUCUCUCCUUCUCCCUACUUCUCUCUUCUUCUUUUUCUUCUCUCUCUUCUUCUCUCUACUUCUCUCUUCUUCUUUUUUUCUUCUCUCUUCUUCUUCUCCUUAUUCUUCUCUCUCUUCUUCUCUUUUCUUCUCUCUACUUCUCUCUUCUCUCCUCUCUUCUUGUUUUUCUCUCUCCUUCUCCCUACUUCUCUCUUCUUCUUUUUCUUCUCUCUCUUCUUCUCUUCUUCUUCUCUUUUUCUUCUUUUUUUCUUCUUCUUUUCUUCUUCUCCUUCUUUUUUCUUCUUCUUCUUUUUCUUUUUUCCUUUUCUUUCUUCUUCUUUCUCUCUUCUCUUCUUUUUUUCUUUUCUCCCUAAAUCUUUAUCUUCUUUUUUUUCUCUUCUUCUCUUUAAAUUCCUCUUUUUCUUCUUCUUUUCUUCUUUUCUUCUAUUUUCUUUGUUUUCAAAAUCUUUACAAUCUUGGCUCUCUUUUUUCUUUUUCUUCUUCUUGAAAUGA